AUGGGGAAAAAUGCAAAGUUGGAGGCGGAUUUGGUUGAUGGACGGGAGAGCAAUCGAGAAUUGGAAAGGAAAAUCGCCGAGACGAAAAGGAAGAACGCCGAUCUCGAAGCACAAUUAAGAACUCAAAAUACGGAAGCAAGAGACGGAAAAGUCAAGAUUGGAGAGCUCGAAGGGAAAAUCAACGCGUUGCAGAGCAAAAACUUUGAUCUCGAAACCCAAAUACAAUUUGAAUGGGAAAACAAAACGGCCGAAAUUGUGAAGUUGCAGGCAGAUUUAAAUCGAACGAUGACUUUCUUGAAUCGGGAUGGAUGGGCGUAUUUGGCAAAAACCGCUUCUUGGUACAAGGUUAUCGCUCAAUAUAUAACAUUCGAUGAAGCCGAGGCAUAUUGUGCGAGUCGAAAGGGCCAUUUAGUCUCAAUUCACAGUCAGGAAGAGAACGAUCUUGUUCGGAAACUCGCGAAAAAUAUUGAUUCGAAUUCUCACUUCUGGAUCGGACUGAAGAGAAAUCCGAAGAAAGAAAAUGCUUUUGAAUGGACGGAUCGGAGUCCGUUGCAAUUCACGAAUUGGCGGGUUGUAGUUUCGUUGUGGGGUUCGAACGAUCGAACGGAUUUGAACACCCACGCUAUUCUUGGGAGCCACAGUGGGAAAUGGUACUCCAAGUCUCCUACCUAUCAGCCGCGGUUUAUCUGCAAAAGGAGCUCUCAAUUC